AUGCUCACGACACGACGAACCUUUGUCUCCGUCAUUUUCUUCAUCCUCUUCCUCUCUCUCCCUCGCCCAUCAUUCUCUCAGUCUCCUCCGUCGAAUUCUGUCUACAACUCAUUCCUCAAAUGUUUCUCCGAGAGGACUAAAACCCCACAAACCCAAAUCGCCAAAAAUGUCUUCUCUCAGAGCAAUCCUGGUUAUUCCUCUGUUCUCCGUGCUUACAUCCGCAAUGCGAGAUUCAACACUUCCUCCACACCAAAACCCACAAUCAUCGUCACUCCACGGUCCUAUAGCCACGUCAGCGCCGCCGUCAUCUGCUCGAAACCCCUAAAUUUCGUCCUCAAAAUCCGAAGCGGCGGCCACGACUACGAUGGUCUCUCUUACAUCUCCGAUAAACCGUUUUUCAUCCUCGACAUGUCGAAUCUCCGAAACGUCUCCGUCGAUAUCGCCGAUCAAUCGGCUUGGAUCUCCGCCGGAGCGACCCUCGGCGAGGUUUAUUACCGGAUUUGGGAGAAGAGCAAGAUCCACGGAUUCCCAGCCGGAGUUUGUCCGACGGUUGGUGUCGGCGGGCAUAUAAGCGGCGGUGGGUACGGUAACAUGCUGAGGAAAUUCGGUUUAUCAGUCGAUAACUUGAUCGACGCGAAGAUCGUCGAUGUCAACGGUCGGAUCCUAGACCGGAAAUCGAUGGGCGAAGAUCUUUUCUGGGCGAUCUCCGGUGGAGGAGGAGGAAGCUUCGGCGUCGUUUUGGGAUACAAAAUCAAGCUCGUUCCCGUGCCGUCCGUCGUUACUGUUUUCCGGGUGGAGCAGUAUAUGAAUUCCGGAGCUGUGGAUAUGGUUCACAAAUGGCAAUCCGUGGGUCCGAAAACGGAUCCGAAUCUGUUCAUGAGAAUGCUGAUUCAACCGGUGACGAGGAAGAAGGUGAAGACUGUGAGAGCCUCUGUGGUUGCUCUGUUCUUAGGCAGAGCAAACGACGUCGUUUCGCUGCUUAGUAAAGAGUUUCCUGAAUUGGCUCUGAAGAAGGAGAAUUGUACGGAAAUGUCUUGGCUACAGUCUGCUUUAUGGUGGGAUAAUCACGUUAACGCCACACAGACUGAUCCGAAAGUGUUUCUAGAUCGGAAUCUUGAUACCUCUAGCUUUGGUAAGAGGAAAUCGGAUUACGUAGCGACUGAGAUUCCUAGGGCUGGGAUUGAGUCUCUGUUCAAGAAGAUGAUCGAACUGGGGAAAAUCGGAUUGGUUUUCAACCCGUACGGCGGGAAAAUGGCGGAGAUUCCGGUUAACGCGACGCCGUUUCCACACAGGAAGAAGCUAUUCAAGAUUCAGUACUCUGUGAACUGGAAAGAGUCUUCUCCGGAGUUGGAGAAGGGUUUCUUGAAUCAGGCUAAGGUGCUACACAGUUUCAUGACAGGUUUCGUGAGCAAGAAGCCAAGAAGUGCUUACUUGAAUUACAGAGAUGUUGAUAUUGGAGUGAACGAUCACGGUGAGAAUAGUUACAAGGAAGGGAAGGUGUAUGGAAAGAAGUAUUUUGGAAAGAAUUUCGAUCGGUUGGUGAAGAUUAAAACCGUUGUCGAUCCCGGGAAUUUCUUCAGGAACGAACAGAGUAUACCUACCUUGCCAAUUGCAAAGAGAACGGUGGUGCCUGAGCCAGGGAUUGCUAGACGGUUGUUAGGAGCCAAAGGAGCCACCGCAGUUGCGACUGCGAGUCUGCGACGAUGGUCUUACACGUCUUCUAGACUAGUAGAUUGCUUUUUGGUUUGUUUUGUUUUGAAUCAUUGA